AAAAUGUAGUCGUGUGUCCCCAAAACUAUGAUCUACCUUGUUUCCAACUUGAGAUGCAAAGCGGGGGGCUCAUUUUUGAGCUAUGGCCUCAAUUUUUUUUGACAAAAUCGUUUUAUUUUCUUAAUAUCAGAUUGUCAAAAUAGUUUGUGAAUGAUGUAUUUUGUAUUCACUCUAUACAUUGUAUAUAGCGAUUGUCCCCCCUGUUUUCCCGCGCAACAAAUGUGCCCUCCUAGACGAGCUAAACCGAUAAAAUUGCAACGGGGCUCUUUUGGUCAUUCCUGAGCACAUUAUGAAUAGACCUGUGAGCUACCCAGCAUUGGGAUUUUUGUUGCAGCAUUUGGAGCCGAAUUUGAGAUUCCAACUCUGCACUAGAUGCCCUUCCAUUCAGAACCUGGAAAAGUCGGUACCCCUGCACAUCAGGUACCUGAAACUUACUGACCAUCGUAUAAUAAUAAACGGGUCUACCUAUUUAUUAUCUGUUUUUGACCAAGAAUUUGACGUCGAACAAUAUGAUAUUCAAGAUGCCAGAGAAAUGGAGCAAGAUCCAAAUGAAGUAAGGCUUGACGUGCGAGUUGCUCCAACUAGACUCAGAUUCAAUGUGAAUAACGAUCCUGUCAGACGUGAAGGGGAACUUGUAAUAUGGCUCCUAGAUUUGUGGUACCCAAAAGUCUUAAGGCGCUGGAUGAGACGUGAAAGAGAGCCCGGAACUCAGUACACGUUUCAGACUGAACAGGAAGAGAUAGAUCAGGCUAUGGUGAAUAUUAGGAGAGCUUAUUGGAGCAGGGUUCAACAAGCAGGAAACAAUCGGAUCACAUUAAACUUGAACGGGACCUCCAAAGUGGUAAUCAAGAAGUUUCAAAAUGGAAAUUCGUGGAUUUUGAAAAUGAAAGUGGAAAGCCGAUGAAUAAACUGAUAUUUUUAAUUCUUUUUUUUUGAGUAAUGAAUAU